AUGGCCUCCGUCCAACGCGUCCCAGAUGAGCUCGACGACGAGCUCGACCCGCUGGUGCUCGAGGUGCACACCCUGCGCAGCCCGCCGCCACAUCCGGCCGGCCCCCCGGCGCCGCUCCGCCAUCGCGUCGAUCCACACGCGCUCGACACGUACGUCUACCCCACCAAUCUCCAGGUGCGAGACUACCAGUACAACAUUGUGCGGCAGGCGUUCUUCCACAACACGCUCGUGGUGUUGCCGACCGGGCUCGGCAAGACGUUCGUGGCCAGCACGGUGAUCCUCAACUUCUGGCGCUGGUUCCCGGAGCUGAAGAUCGUGUUCAUGGCGCCCACCAGGCCCCUCGUGGCCCAGCAGAUCAAGGCGUGCUGCGGCGUCACGGGCCUCCCGCCGCUGCAGAUGGCCAUCUUGCUCGACUUGACGCGCCGCAACCGCGCGCAGAUCUGGGCGAGCAAGCGCGUGUUCUUCACCACGCCGCAGGUCGUGGAGAACGACCUCAAGUUGGGCUCCGUGGACCCGCGGCUGAUUUCGCUCGUGGUUAUCGACGAGGCCCACCGCGCCAAGGGCAACUACGCGUACCACAACGUGGUGCGCUUCAUGGACCGCUUCCACCGCCACUACCGCAUCUUGGCCAUGACCGCCACGCCCGCCUCCUCCGUGGACGGCGUGCAGGAGAUCAUCGACAACUUGCACAUCUCCCGGGCAGAGGUGCGCACGGAGCGCAGCAUCGACAUCGUCCGCCACCUCAAGCACAAGACCGUGCAGCGCAUCCGCGCAGAGCCGUCGGACGAUGUGCGCUACGCCAUCGGCUGCGUGUGCUCGGCCAUCGCGCCCAUCUUGAAGCAGGCCAACGACAAGCGCAUCUACGACGUCACGGACCCGGCGCUCAUCAACGCGUUCACGGCCAUGGACGCCCUGCGCCGGCUCGUGGCCAACAAGGCCAUCAACGACGGCGUCAAGUGGGCCGGCCACAGCCUUCUCCAGGUCUUGGGCGUGGCCGGCCAGUGUCUCCGCCGCCUCAACAUCUACGGCGUGCGCCUGUUCUACUCGUACUUCAAGGACAAGCACGCCGAUUCGCUCGCCAAGACGGCCAAGCUGCGCAAGCCCACCGCGGCCUCGCGGUUCAUGCACCACCCGCAAAUCGCCCAGUUGAUGGCCUUCUGCCACCAGCGUGUGGCCGACGCGGCCUACUUGGGCCACGAGAAGUUGGAGAUCGUCGUGGCCGAGGUGCGCCGCUUCUUCGAGUCCACCACCAACCUGGACUCACGCGUCAUCAUCUUCUCCGAGUUCCGCGAGGCCGCGCUAGACAUUGUGCGUGCGCUCGAGCAGCUGGGCCCCGGGCUCCGGCCCCACAUUUUCAUUGGCCAGUCCAAGGACACCAAGUCGGAGGACGCCCGCUUGGCCGGCCCCCGGACCAAGGCCGCGCGCAAGAGCGCCCGCGACCAGGCGGCCCACAGCGGCCUGGCAUCCUCGGAGUUGGCCCAGCUCACGGGCAUGAGCCAGAAAAUGCAAAAGGAAACCAUCCGCAGCUUCAAGGACGGCGUGUACAACGUGCUCGUGGCCACCUCCAUUGGCGAGGAGGGCUUGGACAUUGGCGAGGUGGACCUCAUCGUGUGCUACGACUCCACGUCCUCGCCUAUCAAAAACGUCCAGCGCAUGGGGCGCACGGGCAGGAGCCGCGACGGCAAGGUCUUGCUCUUGUUCUCGGGCAAUGAGGAGGCCAAGUUCGACCGCGCCAUGGGCGGCUACGAGUACAUCCAGCAGCACAUCAUGAACGGCAACUUGAUUCUGUUGCACGAGCAAAACAGACUCAUUCCGGACGGGUUCUCGCUCACCGUGGACGAGCGCUUCAUCGAAAUCCCGGUGGAGAAUAACGCCAUCCGUGAAGAGGCGGACGACGACGAGAUCAUCAAGAUCGCCACCAAGUACAUGACGGGCAGCAAGCCAGCGGCCAAGGCAAAGCCGUCCACAACGCGAGCGAAAAAGACACCGCUGAAAACUCCCCAUAUAUCGCCUGGUCGGGACAAGGUCCAGAAACGGUUCUUCAUGCCCGAUAACGUCACGACCGGGUUCCAGCUGGUGAGUGCCAUGAUGCGGCAGGCGACUGAAGAAUCCGCAGAAGGGACAGGGAUUUCUGCUGCAAAACGCGCCAAGCUAGAGGACAACAAGGAGCGGGAUAUUCUCGACCUGUUUCUCGAUUCGGAAGAAGACCACUCAGACGCGCCCGAAUCCCUAAGCUGCGCGCCCCUUCCGCAACAGACGACCGGAUUAGAAGACAACCCAAAUGCGGAUCAUGAAACUAAGGCGCCGGCUAUCGACAGCCCAAAUGAGGCCCCAAAAACCGAGGCCCUGGCCAGACACAGCCCCAGUGUAUGCAGCCGGACAAGUAGCACAUUUCUACGUCAGCCGCAACUCGAUUCGCUUCUCUCGCUGCAAAAAAGCUCCAGAUCUUCCUCGCCCCUGUUGGGAGUGAAACGGCGUCCUCCGUCUGUCUUGGAGCAGUUGAAGGCCCAAGCUUGCCAGACACAGAGCAGGCUGCAUGCUGCCCCAGAGGUCAAGCAAGAGACGAGCGACAAUGAUGACUUCAGUGACGACGACGAAAUUUUGGCCCUCGUCCGCCGCACCCACUGGCCAAUACAAGCACGUGCGUCAUUCCCUGAAUUUAGUCUUGGUUAG